CCAAGCUUCUCUGUAUCGUUAAAAUCCUCCUUCUAUCUUCUAUACAUCUCAAUCGCAUCAAGAUGGCAUCGCACAACAUUGUAGUCUUCGCAGGAGACCAUUGCGGUCCCGAGGUUGUUGCCGAGGCGAUUAAGGUUCUCAAGACAAUCGAGUCGCACAGCCCGUCAGCCGGCAAGUUCAACUUACAAGAACACCUUCUCGGCGGUUGCUCCAUCGACGCCAACGGCAGCCCCCUAACCGACGAGGCCCUCAAAGCCGCCCAAAAUGCCGACGCAGUCCUCCUAGGCGCCAUCGGCGGGCCCGAAUGGGGCACCGGCUCCGUCCGCCCAGAGCAAGGGCUCCUCAAGCUGCGCAAGGAGAUGGGUACAUACGGCAACUUGCGUCCCUGCAGCUUCGCCUCAGACGCCUUGGUCGAGUACUCGCCUCUCAAGGCCGAGGUCUGCCGCGGUACCGACUUCACUGUUGUGCGCGAACUGACGGGUGGCAUCUACUUUGGCGACCGCAAGGAGGACGAUGGCGAUGGCCAGGCUUGGGACAUGGAGCCGUACUCGCGUGCUGAGGUGGAGCGCAUCACGCGGUUGGCAGCCCACCUCGCGCUCGCGCAGGACCCGCCCGCUCCGGUCUGGAGUCUGGAUAAGGCGAACGUGUUGGCGACGAGUCGAUUGUGGCGAAAGGUCGUUACCGAGGUUAUGGAGAAGGAGUUCCCGCAGCUCAAGUUGGGACAUCAGUUGAUUGACAGUGCAGCCAUGUUGAUGGUGAAAAGUCCGCGUGCGCUCAACGGCGUCGUGGUGACGAGUAAUUUGUUUGGUGACAUUAUCAGUGAUGAGGCGAGUGUCAUUCCGGGCAGUAUUGGACUUUUGCCUAGUGCGAGUUUGAGUGGGAUUCCGGAUGGCAAGAAUAAGUGCAAUGGCAUUUACGAGCCCAUUCAUGGUUCCGCCCCUGACAUCUCCGGCAAGGGCGUCGUCAACCCAAUCGGCACGAUCCUGUCCAUUGCCAUGAUGUGCCGGUACUCCCUCCGCCUGCCUAAGGAAGCCAGCGCCAUCGAGGAGGCGGUGCGCAGAGUCAUCGAUAACGGUGUCCGAACGAAGGACCUUGGAGGUUCCAGCGGAACCGUGGAGAUGGGUGAUGCGAUUGUAGCGGAGCUACAGAAGGUCCUGCAGGGCUAGAAUCUCGGGGGCUCGGGCAGAGGAACGAAGAGAAGACGCCCUUGUUUUCGUAGUUGGGGAGGUGCGUUUGUUGAUCAGAUCAUUCUUGCUAGAUAGAUAGUGUGGAGUUCAGGAGGUGACAUUCGGAGACUUUGACAGCCUGGUGAGGCAAGGUCCACGGUUGGCUAGACAAAAUUUCGCUGUGAUAAGUAGUUGUGCAACGAAUGACAUGAUCAGCACAACCGGCCUGCUGAACCGUUAUAAAUCUGAUUUGGUGCCUCCAGCCAAUGUAACCUAGCCGCCCAUGCC